GGGUUAUUGUCAUAGAAACCAACUUUAAAAACAUGGGUGGACUGUCACCGCCCCAAAAGUCUUCAGUCUCACAAAUGCGACAAAAAGCGCUGAAAUGCACCGUCGAAAUGGAAAUUCAAGCCAUCACUUGUCCGGGGGUAGCGUUACUAUCUCAAGAGGACAUAUAUCUGAGUGUUCGGAUAAUGGGUCAGUAUCAGAAGUCCAAAUGUGUACCUCCUGUCUUUCCUCUUGUGCUGCACGAACAAAUUGUGUUUGUGAAGACCUUUGUAGGAGUGGUUGACCCAGGUGUUAUUGCAGAGCAUCUAGAGAAUGAUACAACCUCUUUAGAGCUUAUUCAGCUUGUUCCUCCAGAAGGUGAGAUCCUGGCCACGUUUAAAGACAACACCCGGGAGUUUCUGUAUCCAGGUCCACGCCUGACUCCCAGAAGCCCCGGCCCAGAGAGAGAAAUUCUGAUGAAGAGAUCCGUCUCUUUCCCCGGAAUCUCUCCCAAAGUGGAGUUUUCAACAACGUCCAUUAUUGAAGAGAGUGAUGUGAAGCAUGAUCAGCCUCCCAUGUCUUCAUGUGGACCUUCCUCCAAGCCUCGUCAUGUGAGAAAUAGCCCUGCACCUGCAAAGAAGAGAAAACCACAUACAGCAGCACCUUGUGGAUACGAGAAGCCAACGGUAGCAUCCCAGAGCCACUCUCCUGCACCGUACACUCACCGUAAGAUGUGUCAGCUGUCCGAAGACACCAGACAGCGACUCAACCACCUCAAACUGGGGCCCUAUAUGUUUAAGAAAGAGACCGUCCCUCAGCCUCCUUUUGUGAUGCCCCGAAGUCCAAACGCAUCGUUGGUAGAAUCCGCCAUGCAUCCUCUAUCUCUGUCUUCUACAAAAAGAAGCCCCUUGCAUCUGCGAUCACGGAGCUACGCUGCAGAACUCACAGAUCCCUCUCUCCUUGGAAGUUUCAGUUCAAAGCCCACCCAGGCAUCCAUGCAGGCAGCCAGGAUUGCUCAGAAUAAAGUCCCUAAAGACCAUUCGACCCCUGUGUCCAGCGCUCUCAGAGAUCAGAGUCCGGUCCUGACCCGCUCCUCCCUUAGAGAACGGUUCCAGAGUUCCUCCAGUCCCUCACACUCAGUGGAAAUCCACAGACGAGUGCAGAGAAUCUUAAACACCCAUGGACCUCGCUGCAAGCUUUCCUUUGAUGAAGAGAGUGAGAAGGAAGGGGUCACACAGAGUUUACCUGGCCCCGCCUACCGUGGCUCACUGAUUGACAGCAGGUUAACUCAGGACAGGCUUCUUCCUGGAGAGCCAUCUGUUCAUUUAGACAACGGAACAUUUUGGAGUAACAAAGCAGCUGUCUACACAGGGAAGCCCCACAGAGCCAUAUUUGAAGAAAGUUUGAGUAAAAUCUACAAGAACCUUUACAGAAACGCAUCACAGUCAGAAAACAGUGGAUAACACG